GUGUGUGCGUGUGUCUGAAGGGUUUCGGAUUGGAGAUGCAGAAAGAAAGGGCAGUUUCGAGGAAGUGACGGACGAGGCUCGGGGGACUGGUCAGAGGAAGUUUGCUCGAUGGUGGUACCGUGCCGCUGAACCAAACUUUUCCCCCCCCAUUGAGCGCCAGCGGCACCGUGGAUCGGGACGGACGGAUCCAGCGGUGGAGCAGGGAGCUUUUUGUUUCCUCGCCACAGCUGCUGUACUGAGGAAUAACUUGAGGCUGGGAGGGAAAAAACAAAAAAACAAACCAAAAAAAAAAAAGGGGGGGAUCGCAGAGGAAUUUCACUCCCGCAACCAAGCCCCCCUUUUUUCUUCUCUUCCCCCGCGUCUCCUCUGGUUUUUUUUCCCUGGGAUCCGCGAUGGGGAAGGAGCAGGAACUUCUUGAGGCGGCGCGGACGGGAAACCUGGCCGCUGUGGAGAAGCUUUUAUCCGGGAAGCGACAGUCCGCCGGCACCGGCAGCGGGUCGUCAGGGACCGGUGGAAGUGGCAACAGCGGCGGGCACGGCGCCUCCUCUCAUCCGCUCUCCAGUCUGCUCAGCAUCUGGAGAGGCCCCAAUGUGAAUUGUGUGGACAGCACUGGAUACUCCCCUCUCCACCACGCCGCCCUUAAUGGACACAGCGAGGUAGUGGAGGCGCUGCUACGAAACGAGGCCUUGACCAACAUUGCUGACAACAAGGGCUGCUACCCUCUCCACCUGGCUGCGUGGAAGGGAGAUGAACAUAUCGUCAAACUGCUCAUACACCAAGGACCUUCACACCCCAGACUCAACGAGCAGAGCUCUGUAGACCAUAAAGAGUUCAAACGCUGUGGGCCCUUUGACCCCUAUAUUAAUGCCAAGAACAAUGACAACGAGACACCGCUGCACUGUGCUGCCCAGUAUGGCCACUCCGGGGUGGUGCGGCUGCUGCUGGAGGAGCUGACAGACCCCACCAUGAGGAACAACAAGUUCGAGACUCCGCUGGACCUGGCUGCACUAUACGGGCGUCUGGAGGUAGUCAAGCUACUGCUCAGUGCCCACCCCAACCUGCUCAGCUGUAAUACCAAGAAACACACACCGCUGCAUCUGGCCUCUCGGAACGGACACCUGUCUGUGGUGGAGGUGCUGCUGGACGCUGGCAUGGACAUCAACUAUGAGACGGAGAAAGGCAGUGCCCUUCACGAAGCAGCUUUGUUUGGGAAGGCAGAUGUGGUGCAGAAACUUCUCAGUGCAGGUAUCGAUGUGAACAUUUCGGACCAGAAGGGCCUGACGGCGCUGGACACUGUCAAGGACAUGCCCUCGCAGAAGAGCAGAGAGAUAGUUGCUCUCAUCCUAGGUCACAUGACUGGAAAACCCCCUGACAUUGACCUUCCCCCACCACCAAUCCCUCCGCCUCAGGAGAGUCCCAGCCCACGGAAAAAGGGUGACCUGGAGAAGGUGAGCGAGUUGAUCUCGGGGCUGGCCCCGAGGCCUGAGGAGGAGAGCCCGUAUGAGGCUCUGUUUGAAGCCACCUCUUGCCACUCUCUGGACAGCCUCACCAGCGGCAAAUCCUCUGACAGGGACUCUGGACGGCCGGAUAGUGAAGCUGGCAAGAAAGAUCGCCUGCUCCACUCAUCACAUCCUGGCCAUGAAGAAGAGGUGAGCUCAAAGGCCCUGUAUACUAAUAGCAGCAUUGAUGAGAGAGGUGAGCCGGUGGAGGAGGAGGAUCACACGUAUGAGUUGUUGCUGACUGCACAGACCAAAGUCCCACCGCCCGGCCAGGAGUCCCAGUCCAAUAAAGAUGAGAACACCACUACACAGUCUUCCAACAGUGUCCUACCUCAGCGUAAACCCACUGCCCCAAACGACCUCAGAGCCCCAAGCAAGACGAAAGACACCCUGCACCCUCCAGGACGGGUGGGCACGCAGGCACCAGGAGAUAACUCUCAGCUCAGCCAGGACCAGGGAGCAGGUGUCCCAGAGCAGUUCACUGGCCUCCUGCACGGAUCCUCCCCCGUCUUCGACUGCCGCGAGGAGCCCUUUAGGCUUCCAGGUGUUCAGCCAUCCACCCAGGUCCCGCCAGAAUCAAGAAAAUCUACCAAAGUAAAGGAGGAAAAAGCAACAGCUGCACCGCCACCUAGCCGUCCCAGCAUGGCCGCCAUCCUGACAGACUGUGACCCAAAAGCUAUUUACGCAACUGUGAACAAGGAGCCCAGGGACUUAGGAGCUGGGGCAGGGUCUUCCGUUAGGAUGCGCCCUCCCGGGGACCUGAAGCUGGCACGUAGUCUCUCCAAGUCUGACUCCGACUUGCUCGUGUCACCUCCUAGUGAGGAGGAAGGAGGAUUGGGAAACCGUAGCGAGUCUGUUUCGAACUGUAGCACUGGCAAGAAGAGGCUGGAGAAAUCUCCCUCUUUCACCUCAGAAUGGGACGAGAUCGAGAAGAUCAUGACACUGAUUGGCGCUGGCAUCGAUUUCUCCAGAGAUCAGCAAUAUGCUACACCAGCAGGUGCUGCUGGCCGGCUGUUGGACCAGCCUGUGGGAGACUGGCUGGAGCACGUGGGGCUGCCGCAGUACGAGAGCAAACUACUCCUGAAUGGUUUCGACGACCUGCACUACAUGGUGAAAGCGCUAGGCUGUGACGGCAGCAGUUCCCUGUCCUCUUGGCUGGAGAAUCUGGGCCUGCACGAGUACUUGCAUAACUUCCUGGCCAGCGGGUACCGCUCGCUAGACUGUGUCAAAAACCUGUGGGAACUGGAGAUUGUCAAUGUGCUAAAGAUCUCCCUACUUGGUCACAGGAAACGCAUCAUUGCUUCCUUAGCAGAGAGGCCCUAUGAGGAGCCUCCAGUAAAGCCUCCUCGUUUGUCUCAGAUCAGGUGCCAAGACCUGCCUGGAUCCCAGACCUCGUCUCCCCUCAGUCAGAUGGAAUCCUACACGGGACGCUCAAUGGACCCUCUGCUGCCAGUAGGAGAGCCAGGGAGGAAAAAAGCUCCAGAUACUGACUAUGACGUUACCCAAAGAUAUCGCAGUGAACGACACAGAUCACACGAACGGUACGAAGAACGGCCUAGAGAGCCUCGUCUGACCCUGCGGCCGCCCAGUUUGGCAGCACCGUACGCCCCGGUCCAGAACUGGCAUCAUCAACCUGAGAAGCUCAUCUUUGAAUCCUGCGCCUACGAAGCCAAUUACCUCGGUUCCAUGCUUAUUAAGGAUCUACGGGGUACAGAGUCCACGCAGGAUGCCUGUGCCAAAAUGCGGAGGUCGACAGAACAAAUGAGAAAAGUCCCUACCAUCGCCCUCUCCAUCACCUACAAGGGUGUAAAGUUCAUUGAUGCAGCCAAUAAGAACAUCAUUGCAGAGCAUGAGAUCCGUAAUAUUUCAUGCGCGGCCCAGGACCCAGAGGACUUGUGCACAUUUGCCUACAUCACCAAGGACUUGCAGACCAGCCACCAUUACUGCCAUGUGUUCAGCACAGUAGAUGUGAACCUGACAUAUGAGAUUAUACUAACACUCGGCCAGGCAUUUGAGGUAGCCUACCAGCUGGCUCUGCAGGCCCAGAGGACCAAACACCAGAACAUCCCAGUGGGCCCCGGUUCAGAGGUCAUUGAGACCAAGUCCAGCCGACCUGUACCCAAACCACGAGGCAGUGUACGGAAGUCAGCGGACUCUCCUCCUCUCGACAGUCGUUGCUGUUACUGUUACACCUGCACCACCCACCGCCCCUCCUUCCUACCGCUGCACUCUGCCAGCCCUGCUGCCCAGGGGGACAUUGUGGAACAGGAGGGGGAUUCCCAGUCCCAGAGCAGCGCCACGUGGCUCGUGGACCCCAAGGAAUCCAAGCGCACUAUCAGCACUAACUGAACACUGUGGCCACUCCCAGCCAGUAAGAAAGGACAGGAAUGAGCCCUGUUGCAUGGUGGGUAGGAUGUUUUGUUGGAAAAGUGACCCACUUCGCAUGCAGAAAGAUCUCACCACCAGUUGGAUCGGGCUCACCACAGUAACACUCGAGGGGGGGGGGCCUGGAGACGUUAACAGACGUAAAGCUUUCAACACUGCACGACCCAUCACUUCACCCGACCUCACCGACUUCAUCACUGCACAUUCACACAUGCCUCCGUUUAGCCUCUUGUCCGUCAGAAAGUGAUGGUUUUCCCAGUCAGAUGUGCUUGUCAUGCUUUUUGCAUUUUCCUGAGAAAUGAAACACCGAUCAGGCUUCCCUCAGUCACUGUUUACCUUUUUCAGGAAAUGUACCUGCGAUGUUUCAAUGCAGAACUUGUUGUUAAAGAGGAAGUGGCUGAGAUGAGGAACAUAUUUUUAUUUUUUUUUUUGUUAUGCUACAAAGGUACAUCAGACAGAGACCUCACACUGUAGGUACACAGUCCUUCCUGGAUCAUUCGUCCUGUAUCCACACAUUGUAGCGUCUCUUUAUGACCAUGAGCUUCUCAUC